AUGCAAGAGAUCGCGUCAUUUCUUGCGCAACUAAUGCCAAUACGAAAACACUUCAACAUGAAAUCUACACUGUUCUGGGCUUGUGCAAGCCUACUUAUACCUUUCUCUACCGCGGUAUGGCAGAAUUUCGAAAAUCUCAAGACUAAAACACCAGUCGAAGAGCAGGAAUUGGCAGUGAGAGGGCUUAUAUCAAGGUUGCUUCCAGACCGAGCGUCUGAAUUUACCGUGGUUGUCGAUCCAACUCUAGCGAAACCUGGGCAAGAUGCAUUCACACUUCAAACAGUCGCCGAGAAACUCGUCCUGACCGGUACCACUGGAGUGGCGGCAGCCUGGGCAUUUUAUCAUUUCUUGAAGUAUGAUUGCAAAGCGCAUAUCUCUUGGAGUGGAAAUCAAUUGGAGACUAUAUCUAAACCACUUCCGGUUAUUACACAUAUCGAAAAAGUCGUUGUUCCACAUAGGUACGUUUGUUCGACUUGCUCCAUUUAAUAUACUUUUGAGAUGGAGGAUUGUGUCUAGACAAUUUGUGGAAAAAAAGUUCGUCUGGUGUAAAUCCGUUUAUGGCCUGAGGCCUCUAUCGGUGCACAGGCCGCAUAAGAUGAACUAUCGGGGAAAACAGAUUCUCCUUUUAUAACGUAGAUUAAGGUUGUUAUUUAUGAGCACAAACUUCGGACAAACUGAAAUUGACUUUCAAAUGAACGUCAAUAAAUAUAUUUUGUUGUUAAGCCAGCAAGAAUUGUGGGAAUAUUCGGAAUACAUGCUAUUGUAGUUACCAUAUUUUUUGUAAAACUACCAUUCACACUGGAGCGCUUUAAUAGCGGCUUCGUGUGAAUAGCGGCACUGUCUCUCCACUUUAGCAUUUUUUAUUAUUUUUUUUCACUAUUUGAGCUCGUUUUGCGAAACCGAAUCGAGACUGGCUAACGGCUUAAGCCCUGGGCAAACUAGGAAACAUUGUUGUGAAAACAUUUGUGAUUCUCGAUGUUUCCUCAAAUGUUUCCCUGUUUGCCCACCCGUGGAAACAUUGUUGCGGAAACAGAAUUUGCUUCCCGAGAAGCAAAAAUGUUUCCUAGCGAAUUCAGAAACAUUUGAUGUUUCCCUAUGUUUCUCACUAAUGUUUCCUAGUGUUGGCCCACUCUGAGAAACAUGGCGAAACAUUGGUAGGAAACAAUGUUUCCUCAACAACGUUUCCUAGUUCGCCUAGGGCUUUAGACUCUUAGUGUGAACAGACCCAAAACGUGGUGUUAUUAUCUUGCUAAGGCCAAGGUAGUUCGACUUGUUAGAACUGGGACAGAUUAUCCAUUUUCCUAGAUUCAGAUAUUAUCAAAAUGUUUGCACGUCAAGUUAUUCAUUCGUUUGGUGGAACUGGACGCGCUGGGAGCAAGAGAUUGACUGGAUGGUCAUGAAUGGUAUUAACUUGCCACUGGCGUUUACAGCGCAAGAAGCAAUAUGGCAGCGAGUGUAUCUGAAAAUGGGCCUCACGCAAGAUGAAUUAGACGCACAUUUUGGCGGGGUAGCUUUCUUAGCUUGGUAUGUUCAGUCAAGUUGAGGUUAAUAGCAAGGUAAAAAAGGCCUUCAAAACGUGGAGUUGUUUUCAGUCUUUUUCGGGCAGUUCAGACACAAACCACGACAGCUUAUUGUAGAAUACUACCUACACUGAACCACCACGUUUGAGAUAUCUUUUUCAGGUAGCUUAGACAUUAUAACCAUGAAGAUUGAAUCCAAUUGUUUCAGGUCACGCAUGGGCAAUAUUGAUGGCUGGGGAGGACCAUUACAGAACCCGUCAUGGUACCAAACACAACUGGCUUUACAACACAAGAUAUUGCAACGUAUGAGAAGUUUUGGUAUGAUUCCUGUUCUUCCCACUUUUGCAGGUCAUAUCCCUAAAGCUCUCAUGCGGAUCUUUCCUAACGCGUCAGUAUCAACAUUGAGCCAUUGGGGUCACUUUAGUCCACCUUAUGUACCUACGUAUCUUUUGGAUCCCGGAGAUCUAUUGUUUCAAGUGAGUCACUGAUCUUAUAUUUGACAAUAUUUUCCUGGAUAGCCCAAGGGAAGUUUCGCAGUAAAAACAGUCGUUUUCAGCCUUGAUAUGUCUUAAUACAUUCCCACCCCUGACCAAAAACUUUACAAAAGGAUACCAUUAUUCAGUUGUCCCACAUGUCCUUUACCACUUCGGUGACAUGAGUUUGAUAACUGCUUGUGCAAUUUUCUGCAGUCUAAACUUAGAUGUUGUCUGUACAUGUACUUUCUUUGACACCAUUUGUCUCCUGAGAAAUCGGAAAAUCAUCAAGAAAGUCAUUGCUUUUUAGUCUUCAAUAUUUGAGCGAGUCAAGCUUCGGAAAUGACAAUAAUUUUUAUUACCCAAUCCUUGAGUUGUUUUGUUUUCAUUUACCCAACCAGAAACUCACUGAAAAUUUUGUUUCUGCCAAAACAAAAUUUUCAAUGAUGCCAACCCCGCCAUAAAUGAUGACCGGACCCUAAACGUUUUAUAACUGUAAAGCUUUAAUUCCAGUAUAAACAGAGUUCAUUUACUUAGAGUAUUGGCAAAACGUUUAUUGAAGAACAAAUAUCAGAAUAUAACGGCACAGAUCAUGUUUAUAACGGAGACACGUUCAAUGAAAUGCAACCGCGGACCUCGUCCACAACGUAUCUCGCUCAAGCAAGCAAAGCAGUGUACCAAGCCAUGGCAAGUGCUGAUGAAAACGCUGUGUGGUUAAUGCAAGGAUGGUUGUUUGUAAGUGAUCCUGGGUUCUGGCAACCAGCUCAAGUUCAAGCGUAUUUGCAAGGUGUGUACUCUUUAUUAUUUCAGGACCCCAGUAGGUGAAACGUUAAAUAAGUCAAAACAAUGAGUGACUGAGAACAGUGGGAUUUUCAAAACAAUGGAACAUUCUGAUCACUGGAUCAUGACUGGAUGGCAUGGAGAACAGUGGGAUUUUUAAAUCAAUGAAACGACAAUGGAACAUUCUGAUCACUGGAUCAUGACUGGAUGGCAUGGAGAACAGUGGGAUUUUCAAAUCAAUGAAAAGACAAUGGAACAUUCUGAUCACUGGAUCAUGACUGGAUGGCAUGGAGAACAGUGGGAUUUUCAAAUCAAUGAAAAGACAAUGGAACAUUCUGAUCACUGGAUCAUGACUAGAUGGCAUGGAGAACAGUGAGAUUUUCAAAACAAUGAAAAGACAAUGGAACAUUCUGAUUACUGGAUCAUGACUGGAUGGCAUGGAGAACAGUGGGAUUUUUAAAACAAUGAAAAGACAAUGGAACAUUCUCAUCACUGGAUCAUGAUUAGAUAGUACUAUUGUUAAACGGAGGGCUGUUGUGAAAAUGUGUAACUGAAAAACGGACUACACAAUAUUUUCAGGAGUGCCACAAGGGAAAAUGAUCGUACUAGAUCUAUAUGCAGAGAUUUCUCCUGUGUGGAUGAAAACCAACUCAUUUUACGGUCAACCUUUUAUCUGGUGCAUGCUUCAUAACUUUGGUGGUAAUAUCGGUAUGCAUGGAACACUAAAGACCAUUGCAACAGGUAAAUAAAGUACCACUCUCUUGUGAGCAAGCCAGGAAUCAAUGCUUCCUGAUUUGUCCACCUUCAGGAAACAUGGCUAGGAAACAAUGCUUCCUGAUUUGUCCACCUUCUGGAAACAUGGCCAGAAAACAAUGUUUCCUGGUUUGCCCACCUUCAGGAAACAUGGCUAGGAAACAAUGUUUCCUGGUUUGUCCAUGACCUUCAUGAAACAUGGCUAGGAAAUAAUGUUUCCUUGUUUGCCCACCUUCAGGAAACAUGGCUAAGAAACAAUGUUUCCUGGUUGUCCACCUUCAGGAAACAUGGCUAGGAAACAAUAUGUCCUGGUUUGUCCACCUUAAAGAAACAUUGCUAGGUAAUGUUUCCUGGUUUGUCCACCUUCAGGAAACAUGGCUAAGAAACAAUGUUUCCUGGUUGUCCACCUUCCGGAAACAAUGUUUCCUAGUUUGCCCACCUUCAGGAAACAUGGCUGGGAAACAAUGUUUCCUAGUUUGCCCACCUUCAGGAAACAUGGCUGGGAAACAAUGUUUCCUAGUUUGCCCACCUUCAGGAAACAUGGCUGGGAAACAAUGUUUCCUAGUUUGCCCACCUUCAGGAAACAUGGCUAGGAAACAAUGUUUCCUAGUUUGCCCACCUUCAGGAAACAUGGCUGGGAAACAAUGUUUUCUAGUUUGCCACCUGCAGGAAACAUCGCUGGGAAACAAUGUUUUCUAGUUUGCCACCUGCAGGAAACAUGGCUGGGAAACAAUGUUUUCUAGUUUGCCACCUUCAGGAAACAUGGCUGGGAAACAAUGUUUCCUGGUUUGUCCACCUUCAGGAAACAUGACUAGGAAACAAUGUUUCCUGGUUUGUCCACCUUCAGGAAACAAGCUUGGAAAAGUAUUCCUGUAGUAGUAUUUAUAACCCUGUACUUUCUCCUCAGAACCAGUAAAAGCAUUGCAAAGCAAGAACAGUAUGGUAGGCAUUGGCAUUACCCCAGAAGGAAUCGAGACAAACUACGUACUGUACGACCUCAUGUUGGAAAUGGGAUGGCGAGAAGAACAAGUGGAAACACAGUCCUGGCUUGAGGAAUAUACAACACGAAGAUAUGGCGCUGACAACAGCGAGGUCAACAUCGCGUGGGAGGUAAGUAGUACUGCGUAAGAACUGCACAUCCUGAAAGUUGCAACCUCGUACCCAGGAUCUUUCCUCUUGGACCCUGGUGGACGCUGGUCACGUAAUCUGUUAAAAUCUAGCAGAUUUUUAAUUAGCAAUCCAAGAUGAGAUCAAUAAAUAUUUGAGAUUUGGAUGAAUUUUAUUUUAUAGUUUAAUUUAUAAUUUGCUUUUUGUAUGAUUGUCGUAAAGGAAUCCAAGCUAGUUAAUUAGAAAUCUGCUAGAUUUUAGCAGAUCACAUGACCAGCGUCUACCAGGGUCUUUUUCCCCUAGUCAGAGAACGUUCAUUUUUAAUUAAUUUUGCCACAAGGUGUUUUUUCUUUUCAAACGUUUCGUAAUAAUUUUUCGUCUGCAAUGCAGGCUCUUCUUACCAGCGUUUACAACGAUGUCCAAGGUGCGGGCAAACAUUGCAGGGCAGUUCCGAUCAUGAAACCCGCAUUUCAUCUUAAGCCCGACAUUUGGUACGAACCCGAUCUUGUAUUGGGAGCCUGGGACGGGAUGGUGAAAGCAGCACCAAACCUCGUCAAUUCCGCAACAUUCAGGUAAGAUUCUUUUCGUACAAUUUAAAUCGCGAUUGUACUCCUUUUUGUAGACAAAUUUCACUAACGUUUGGUUAUACACAAGUCACAUGAUAAUAGACAAUUCCCAUUAUAGCCUAAUUUUAAAACUAGGCAAAGAGAUGCAAAUAAAUCACCACAAGUAGAAAGAGCAUACUGAAAUUAGUAAAAUUACAAAUUUUUGUUGCGAAAUGUUGUAAAAUGAGGAAAAUAUAGCCUUGCAAAGUUCUCAAAUUUUGUAUACUUUUGUAUUGCGUGCGAAAAUUCAUACCACAUUCGGACCGAAAAUGGUAGCAAUUUCCGCACGCAAUGCAAAAGUAUACAAAAUUUGCAAACUUUGCAAGGCUAUAUUUUCCGCAUUUUGCAACCAAACUUUGCAAUUUUACUUAUUUUAGUAUGCUCUUUCUAGCUGUGGUGAUUUAUUUGCAUCUCCUUGCCCAGUUUUAAAAUUAGUCUAUAAUGGGAUUUGUCUAUUUGGCAUGUGAGUUAUCUAAAGUUUGUUCUAGUAUACAAAAACAUAAAAUACUAAGCUUUGGAAUUAUCAACAUGACUGAAUAACUCUUGUACAUAAAUCUAAUGCUCAGUUACUUCUGUUCUAUUCAAUGCUUCUGUAAAAUCUCACAUCUUAUAGAAAGUCUGCCAACAAGCCGUCAACAAGUUGUGUUCGCACUGCUUGUUCCAAGUUGUCAACAAGUUUGGAACAAGCUGUUAACAACUUGUAACAACCUUGUUGAUAUUAUCAGACUUGUUGCAACGUUGUACCAAAAAGUCCAAUGCAGUCAUGAUAUAACAAUAUUGUUACAACCAUGUGUCGUCAACCUUGUAACAUUCUUGUUAUAUCAUGCAUGACUGUAUCAGACAACCUUGUAACAAGUCUGAUAAUAUCAUCAAGCUUGUUACAAGUUGUUAACAGUUUGUUCUAAACUUGUUACAACAACUGGGAACAAGCAGUGCGAACACAACUUGUCGACAGCUUGUGAACAGAUUUGUAACAACUUGUUUGCAAACCUGUAACAACUUGUGCGUUUUCACGUAUGUGGAAUAGUUAGCAACGAUGUAAAAAAUGUUAGCCAAAUUUGUAUAAGCACUAAGACUAAAAGUGAACGAUGUUGAAUAUUUAGGUACGAUUUGGUGGACAUCACACGACAAGCUCUACAGGUCAUCUCGAUCACGUAUUACAAUGACCUCAUUGCAUCUUAUCAAGCAAAAAACCUACCCCGCGUCAAACAAGCUGCGGAUAAUCUAUUGGAUCUAAUCGGUAACAUGGACCUAGUCCUGCUGACGAACGAGUACUUCUUACUCGGUCGAUGGCUCAACGCUGCAAAGCGUAUGGCCCCGAAAAUCACAGGCGGGAAAAGGCUCUUCGAGUUCAACGCGCGGAAUCAAAUUACAACGUGGGGUCCACGCGAGAAUAUCGAAGAUUACGCGAACAAAAUGUGGAGUGGAUUACUGCGGGAUUUCUAUAAAGCUCGCUGGCAGACUUUCGUGGUCGAUUUAAUAGACUCUCUGACCCAAGGAAUCCCGUUUAACCAAACUGCAUAUAAUGAAGAGAUAUUAAUACUGGAAACUGUUUGGUAUUCAGGCCACGGGAAAUACCCUGAACACCCUCAAGGAAAUACACUUACAACUGUCCUGGCAAUUCAUCAAAAAUAUCGAAAACAUGCCACGAACCUAUUGCGGGAAAAAUAUUUCUAA